GUGUUAUUGUUGAUGCUGUGUCUCAGAAAGAAAGUUCAGCAAAGCUCACAUGUUCACUAACAGCCUUUAACGCUGAGGAUUUAUGAUAAAGACCAGAAGAACGGUACCAAUGAGGGGUGAAAUAUUCACAUUGCUCUUUGUCACGUGGCCAUGUCUACAAGCCCUCUUCAUUGUAGAGUCAGAACAAGAUUCCUACAAUGGAGAGCUCCACGAUAAGAUCACAAUGGGAUGCCGGUUUUCACACGUUCCAAACGUCUCACAAAUAUCAGUCAUUUGGAAGCGCAUCAAACCUCUACCGGGAGUGGAUAUCUACAAGUUGGAUAAUGGUAUCGAGAACUACAACUUCACUAACAAGCAAUUUCAGCCACGUGUGCGACUCCUGAGGGAGGAGCUGAAGAAUUUUCGGGCUGUACUUGAGCUGUCGCAGCUUCAUCUGAAUGACUCGGGAACCUAUCAGUGCAUUGUGAUCCAGGAUGAGCUUGACUACAAGCAAACCGAGCUCACCGUCCAAGCACCAUAUAAGGCAAUUAAGAAGACCGUCAAGAGGCUAAGUGAAAAGGAGGUGGAGCUUUCCUGCGAGUCCCAAGGCCUCCCAUUGGCCCAUGUGACUUGGAGCAAUGACAAGCUCAUGGGGCCACAGUUGACACACCGCUCGGAGAGCAGCCAGGCAAAAAACAGCGACGGCGUCUUUGUCGUCACCAGCAGAUUGUCUGUCACACAUGAUGUCAACAAUUACACCUGUUCCUAUAUGACUGACGACGGCAAAACGAACCUGACAGCUACGUUCAGGAUCCCAGCUGAAAUUCCUGAGGACCCGAAAGGGGCUACAGGCUACGCAGCUAUUGCCGUGUUAAUUCUGAUGUUCAUGGGGUUCAUCUUUGCCUUGCUGUUUCUGUGCAGGAGAAAAAAAGGGCAAACAAGUACGGGCUCACCUGAUUGUGAAGCACCUGGACAAAACCUGACGUCGACUGACCAUUUACUCCCAAAGCCUGACUUCAGAGUUUCUUUUACGUCAGCGUAGAAAAACCAGCAUGCCAACAUACAGCCCGUCCUCCCAGGCCUGAGGAAAACCAUGCUUCAAAAACGGAAAAUAAGGGACCGGCAAAACCAUAACAGCCCAAAGUCUUGAUUUCUUCUUGGGCUCAUUACUUCAUCUCAGACCUUUUCAACAUCGGAGGGCUCCAAGGUGUGAUUUUAGCAGACAUCAAGGGAGCUUCAGGAGAUUUCUUCCAAAUACUGAACUCCAAGAUUGCAGCAGAAGCAGGACUGCAGACACACAAACAAACAGACAAUCUCAAAGACUUUCUUCUAGGGAACAAGGCCAGUCUUCUUAUCCUGGAUGGUUAUAAAGAAGAAUACAGAGACCUGGAGGAAUCGUAGCAUGCCCUGAAGAGCACGGCGUUCUGGGAGAAACAGACAGGCAGCAUGAGUUCUCGAUGGAGCAGACAAGUUCAUGGCGUUAUGCAACGGAUUCAAGGAAUUGAAGUGCUUGACUUUGUUAUGGUUUUAAAUUCUUGCGUAGUUUUAUUUCCGUCUUCUGUGUUCAGACUAGAAAGUCAGAAGUCGCUAGUGCUGCUUGUAUUUUGUCUCUUGUGUGUGCGUGCAAUGUUCAGGAUUCAUCUGAAACCGUAGUAGAUAUAAACAGUCUACCUUCAAAAGAUAACGAGUUAAUAUUUUUAUAUUACGUGCGAGGAUUUGUAUUCGCGUCACUGAUAAGUCAGGAAAGCAACCUAACUAGACUGCCUACACACACCAGAGGCAUCAACAAUCUCUGUGUCUUUCCAAGCUUUAUUUUACUAAAUAAUGUCUCUAUGGACGUACAGUGGCAGGUUGUGUGUCCAAGUGGUAGAUCCAGUCCUUCCUCGCAGGCCCGAGGGAAACUGUGCAUCUAAGUUGCAAACACUGUUCUUCCAUUUUUGUGUGUCAAACAAUAAAUAGGAACUAUUAGCAGGUGGGAACUGAAAAAAACCCAACAACCAUCAGAUCACACAAGCCAUAGGAUUGGUCUGAGGAUUAGUUUGUCUCUGUCAUUGAAAUUUUCGUUCCAUGUUGUGUAUAUGUAUACAUACAGUCUUGUGCAAAAAAGUCUACGUCACGUGUAAAGAAAUGCCCUCGACCAAAAAUGGCUUAAAAAUAAUGAAAUGAAAUGUUUCAAUAUUUUAAAAAAAUACUAUAAACAGUAAUCAGUAAGCCAUAAUAAAUGAAGCAAAGUCAGUAUUUGGUACAAGACAACUCUUUGCUUUAAAAAAAAAAUAAAAAUCCGUCUCAGGUCCAGUGAGUGCAGUUUUAUGCGGAAAUGAGCUGUAGGUUUUACUGAGCAUCUUACAGAACCAGCCACGGUUCUUCUGGACACUUUGACCGUCACACUCGCUUCUUCAUUUUGCACCAAGACCCAGUAGCCUUCAUUAUGUUUUCUUUUUUAAUCUGAAAAGUGCUCUCUUAUGCCGUACAGACUUUUAUUUUGUACAAGUCAUGAAAUAGAAAUCAAUAAAGUUUGUAUGAAAAAAAUAGGGGGCUAAGACUUUUGCACAGUACUGUAUAUGUAGAAUGAGCAUAGGGUUACUUAGGGUAGGUGAUAUGUAUCUAUUGUGGACAUCAGUGAGUCAAAUAACCAGCAAGUUGGUAGCUCUAAUAUUAAAUCUUAAAAUCUUUUUUUUUAUUAUUAUAAUCUUUUUUCCUGUUUAACCUAUUUUUGUAAUAUAUAUAUAUAUAUAUUUUUUUCUUUUUCCAUAGAUAUUCUCAAUGUUUUGAUGGCACUUUUUCUUUAAUCAAAAGUCUGUAUCAUAAUACUGUUCUUGUAAAAAAAAAAAUGUAUUUUGAGAAUAUCGCAGUGUGAAUUUUUUUCCCCUCCACGGCACUCAGCCUUGUUUUAUGCAGCAACAAAUCAAACGUACAUUGACGACACAGGCAGAAAAACAUUUUUUUAUACUUUAUACAACUGUUUUUUAAUUUUAUGUACUUUUGUUAUAUUGCACAUAAAACAAACAAACCAAAAGUUUACAGUCGUGUCAAGUGCACCAAAACAGUGUUUCUACUUUCAGCUUUCUGUAUAAUAAUUUAAAUGUAUAUAUUGCAUAGACACGAGCGUUUUAGUGUGAAAUACACCGCUCGUGUUUUUCCAUCCGGGACGUGGAGAACCAAAACUGGGACAGAAAUCUCUAUCUGUGACUCGUGAGGAAAUCGAUGAGUGAGUUGUUUUGAUAAAUUUGGGGACUUUUUGUUUGUGAAUGUGUCGAUUAUAAUAAAAGGAAAAUCACGCGUUGGCUUGAAAAUAUGAAGUUUAUCUUCUCGUGUUGAAAAACUCACAUCAUAGAUCUGCGUGACAGAUUUGAAUAAUAUUGUCUGGUGUUGAGUGGUCUAUCAGAUAUAUUCCAUUCAGCGAGCAUGAUACUGAACGAGUCGAAGAUGAGUAGCUGAAUGGAAUAUAUCUGAUAGACCAUGAAAAAAAGCCAGCCAAUAUUAUUAUUAUUAUUAUUAUUAUUAUUCAUACGCAUUUCUUUCGGGUGUUCAACGCGUCUUUCUCUUUCAAAAUUCUCUCAAAAUCUUCCGUAUUUAACGAAGCAAACCUGGCGGCCAUGUUUGUUUACAAAUUGUCCCAGUUGCUCACUCGCUAACGCGGACGUUUUUUGAACGUGUGACGUCACGUUGUCUUGACAGCCGUGCAAUAUCGUAAGCCAUAUUCAACGCUCAUUCUCCACUGGGUAGAGUGACGUAAUACACGCAGGAUAAGCGAUAUGCUAACAAUAUUGCAUGCUAUCGAACCAAAUGAAUGAAACCCGCUCGAAGGGAAUAGAACAUGUUUUUAUUCCAUUGAAAAAGUGUCCUGUAUGUGUAUAUAAUAAUUCCCGAUAUUUCACGCCGAUGAUAUCACUCACAGCAUUUUCCCGCUGGCUAGACACGUGUUGUCAAAAUGGCAAACCGGUUCAAAAUUAAAAUAAUUUUGAUCAACUUGCGUUUUUUGUUGUUGUUGUUGUUGUUGUUGUUGUUGUUGUUUUUGUGUGUGGAUGUGUCCAUAUAAUAUAAAGAACAUUGCACGACGGCGUGAAGGUAUGAAGUUUAUCUUCUCAUGCCGAAAAUACGUUCACCACUCAAAGAUGAACUUCAUCUCUUCACGCGACUGUGUAACAUCUGCUGUAUUUUAACAGACAAAUGUGUACUUUUUCUUUUCUUUUGAAAUUGCACAACUUCUUCCAAGAUUUAAUGACUCAAGCCACUUCUCUUUGCUAAGUGAGGAAAGCACAGAAGUAGUUCACAUACAUUUAUUUCCGCCACAAAAGACUGAUGUGAGCCAAAACUUUUGCACUGUACUAUUUGUAUGAUGAUGUACAAGACAUUGAAUUGAGGUUUGGAAUAAAAUGUAUGUUUUAUAUAUAA